CUUCGGCACAGCCUCUUCCCCAUCAACCUUCAUCCCCUUUGUGUCACCUCUGGAUGCCAGGGCCCUCUCCGCAGCAGCUGUGUUGUCAGUGUGGCUCUGUAGCUGAAACGCCUUUCUUCCUCUCUGCUGGGAACAGCAGGCUUGUCCUUCCAGGCCUACACAUUUCCCUACCCCAGACCAUUUGCAGAUCACCUACAGGGGCGAUCUCGUCUGUGUGUUUCCCUUGGAAAGGAUGCAUUAUCUAAUGCAAUCGAGGUCCACAGGCGUUCUUUCAAGGACAGUGUCCUUUUCUCACUCGCAGGCUUGUGAUGACAGCCUACAAGCAUGUCACCUUGUGUGAUAGAGAAAGGAUGAAGCCAAUGCACACUAGGAAGACGCACUACAAUUAUAAUCACACGUCAGGUCAGAACAUGGACUGGCCUUCGUGUGUUUUUUUGCGUCCACAAAAUUAAACAAACAAAUAAAACUAUUACAGCAUAAAAUUAUUCCUGCAUUUUUCUUGAGAGCCAAAUAAAGGCAAUAAUAGCCUGCUUAGUGUUUAUGAAUUUAUGAUUUAAUGUACUAUCGGCCAACGUGCCAGUUAAGUGAAGGUAAGGUAUAGAAAGAAAUUCGCUUUUCACAGGGAAGCUUAAACUUUAAACAUAACAUGACAUGGCGGUUAAUAAUCGGUAUAUAAAUGUUGAAACCUGUUGUGAGUCAAGGGCUCCGUGAGGCCUUGGCUAUUAGCCUUUUUAAUGUACAGGUGUCUGUAUACGUUGUGAAGAAGGUAGAUCUUGUUAUUUUAGGACUUCAGUGGGCUAGCCUGGUUUCGCUAUGUGGUUACACCAGCCUUUCCAACGGCAGCUACUCACUUUCUUACGGUGCAGUCUCAGUCCCGCGUUCCAACGCCCGAAGUUGAAAACUUAGAUCUAGAAGUAGGACUUAGCCUUUGUGGGUUGUUUUAUAGAUAGUUUGCCCCUCGUUAAUUAGACUACGGUCAGUCCUAUUUGCAAGCGCCACGUUCUAGAAUCGCUUCAGUGUCUGUCAACUGAUGAACGGAUACAAUACAGAAGAUACGACGUGAUCACGCAAUGGGUUAUUAUUCAGAAGGAAGAACAAAAUCAAGUGGUUUGCAGGAAGUAUCCCAGUUAUCUGGACUCCCUGAAUAUGUGAAAAUAGUAGAAGUUGGACCUAGGGAUGGAUUACAGAAUGAAAAGGUUAUAGUUCCUACAGAAAUAAAAAUUGAAUUCAUCAAUCAACUUUCCCAAACUGGCUUGUCUGUAAUAGAAGUAACCAGCUUUGUGUCUUCCAAAUGGGUACCACAGAUGGCUGAUCACACCGAAGUGAUGAGAGGCAUUCAUCAGUACCCAGGAGUUCGCUAUCCUGUCCUUAUUCCUAAUCUUCAGGGUUUCCACCGUGCUGUUGCUGCCGGAGCCACUGAGAUAGCAGUGUUUGGUGCAGCUUCUGAAUCUUUCAGCAAGAAGAAUAUUAACUGCUCCAUUGAAGAAAGUAUGGGAAGGUUUGAGGAGGUCAUCAGCUCUGCAAGGCACAUGGACAUCCCAGUGCGAGGGUAUGUGUCCUGUGCCCUGGGCUGUCCAUAUGAAGGAAGCAUCACACCACAAAAAGUCACAGAAGUUUCAAAGAGACUGUAUGGGAUGGGAUGCUAUGAGAUCUCUUUGGGAGACACGAUUGGAGUGGGAACUCCAGGCAGCAUGAAGAUGAUGCUGGAAAGUGUUAUGAAAGAAAUCCCUCCAGGGGCUCUUGCUGUCCAUUGCCAUGACACGUAUGGACAAGCCCUCGCCAAUAUCCUAACAGCUCUUCAGAUGGGAAUUAAUGUGGUGGACUCCGCUGUCUCUGGAUUAGGUGGCUGCCCUUAUGCAAAAGGUGCUUCUGGGAAUGUAGCCACUGAGGAUUUGCUAUAUAUGCUUAAUGGCAUGGGACUCAAUACAGGUGUGAAUCUCUACAAAGUGAUGGAAGCUGGUGACUUCAUUUGCAAGGCAGUGAACAAAACCACAAACUCUAAAGUCGCACAAGCCUCCUUCAAAGCCCGACUUGAAUGAAUUCAUCAUUUCAGGGUGGGAAGAUCCAUUCCAGUCCCAGGUCAUCACAGAAUCGUUAAUACCAACUCAUUCUGAAGUAGGAGUUAAAAUUAAGAAGAGAGAGAGAGAGAGAGAGAGAGAGAGAGAGAGAGAGAGAGAGAGAGAGAGAGAGAGAGAGCUUAUCACUGGGGAGACGGGGCAGAUGCAGAGCAGUGCCAGGCAUCUGUUGAACAGCAAGCUGGGGAUUACCGCCGAUGGCCUUCCUUUCGGAUGCGGAUGUGGACAAAGCCUGCUCGUGUGGCCAUACAAAGAUCUUCUAAUCCUUAGCCUAGCAGACUUGAAAAUUGACUUCAGAUUUCUCCAAGUACCAAGUACCGUGUUAAUGCUUCAUCAACCCAGCUUGCCACAGGGCACUGCGGACCGUUAGUAGUUUACGGGUUCCAGCGCGUUGCAGGGUGUGUGGCCCUGAUGGGUUUUCUGCCUCCGGAUCCCGACUUCUCUAUUUGCCAAGUUUGUUACGUUAUGGACCAAGAGCCAAAGUUUCAACUGACCCCACGUAAUUUCUAGCAAUAGAACUUUUAUAUUUCAAGGACGGCUAACAUCUGUUAACCAUUUCAACAACUUUACCGCGCUCCAAGAUGCUGUGGUCAGUGGCAAGCUGCCACAUCCUGAAAACACAUCAUACCUCCCAUGUUUGUUCCAUGCAUCAAGUUUGCUGUGUUUUACAUUGAAUUGGUUGUAGAAAAAAAAAAAAAAAAAAAAAAAAAAAAAAAAAAAAAAAAAAAAACAACCCACAGUGUUAUUUAAAUAUAGAGAAACUAUAAAGUAUCUCUUUUAUCCUGGUAUCUAAGAGACAGUAAUGAUAAAAGGCUGAUAUGGACACCAUGAUCUGUUUCCAUUAUAUCUAGUUUAUACUUCUGAAUUGUGCAAGAAAAUACUGCUAUGAUUUGAAGAAUGCUAAUGUAAUUUUCAACUGAUGAGAAGUCUGUUUCCAUUGACUCUAUGCUAUAUCUGUUUAUUUCUGUUUGACUGUGGGAUGUUUAUUUUAAGUUCAGUGGCAGAAAUGUUAUCUAUUUUGCCAAAAAGCAUUGCCAGGGAUAACAGAAAUUAAUACAUCGAAGAUCAAGGCCUGGG